CUCUAUCCCUUUCCUGUCGGAGGACACAAAUCCCAGGCUUUGCCUUUAAGGCAGCGAGGAUGCGAGCGGAGGAGCACGGAGAGCCCCGAUCCCGGGAAGGGGACCCCCAGGCACCCACACUGGCACCGCGCUGCCGCAUGUAAGGGGCUCUACUCGCUGGAUUGGCAGCCCGAGCCGCCGGACGGAGAGGGAAGAGACUCGGGGACGGAGCGGACGAUGCCCAGGGCACUGCAGAGCUGAGACACGGGGAAGGGCAGCUCCCCACUGGGUGAGAACUGACAGAGGAAGAGAAAAGGGGAGACCGGGCAGGAGGGGAGCGGGAAGGUGAGGGGUCGCCAAUCAGCUGGAGAGUCGCUCAGGUAUAGGAGAGUUCCUUCGGCUGUCAGACAGGUUAGGGAAAGGGUUAAUCCCCAGUAUAGUCAGGGGGGAGUGUAGGACAGAGGGUAACUAACAGAGGGGUCCCCCCAGGCUGGGCAGAGGGUAAGGAAAAGUGGGGUCACAGCCAGGCUAAGUGGAGAAGAAAAAUAAGGGGACACCCCCAGAGGCAGGGCAGAGGGUGAGGAAGAAAGGGAGAACCCCCCCCCCCAGAGGGUGAGGAAGAGAGUGCUCCCCCAGACUGGGCAGAGGCAAGAAAAAGUGGGGUCCCCCCAGGCCUGGCAAAGGAAAGGGUAGGCAAGAGAAGGAGGAAGUGCAGACACCCCAGAUGAUUAGGGGGACAUGAUUUUGCAGCUGUGGUGGGAGCAAAGAGACACAUUUGUGGCAGUGAAAUAGACAGGAAUAGAAUAGUAUUCUGCCUGUAGACAUAAAAGCAAAGUGACUGGGAUAGAGGAGUAACAAUGGGGUGCCUGGUAUAAGGGGUGUAUGGGAUAGGAAGGGGGUAGAAAGGCUCCUUAAAAAGGGAGAAAAGAGGAGAGUGUUUAGUAAAGAACAAAAGAGACUUCCUGGGAUUUGUUCUUUGUGUAGGUGAGGGGGGUGCCUUGGACAUGUAGGGGUUAAUUGGUUUGGAAAAGGGGGAUCUAGCAAUAGGGGAAUAAGGUGCACAUGGAUACAAGGGAAAUUCUGGGAUAGGACUGAGAGGGAUUUGGGAAUAGAGAGUUACAGUCUGAGCUCUCACACAGUUUAGUAACAGGGAAUGAGGUGCAGCUGAACAGAGACACAAGGGGAACCUCCACCCUGAAGAGGAAGCACACGGCGCCAUCCCCAAAUGAUUCCCACCUGCCUGACUCCCUGAUCUGGAUCAUCUGCUCGGGACUCGGGAGGAUGAGAAAGCUCAGAAGACUGGUGCACAUGGUGCUGUUCUGCCCCAUCUCAAAAGGACUCCAGACUCGCCUUCCCGGCAUCAAGGUGAAAUACCUGUUCCUGGCCUGGCUUGGCAUAUUCGUGGGCAGCUGGGUGGUGUAUAUACACUAUUCCUCCUACUCCGAGCUCUGCAGGGGCCAAGUGUGCCGCAUGAUCAUUUGUGACCAGUACAAGAAAGGGAUCAUCUCUGGCUCGGCUUGUAAGGACUUGUGUGACCAGCGCAACUUGGUGUUCCAGCAAUGCUUGUCUUCAUCGCCCACCCACCAGAUCUACAGUGGCAAAUGGAAGAACGGGGAAGUGAUAAUCAAAUGUGGCGUGGAGGAGAACCUGAAAGUGGACAGCAACCCUGACAACCCCCCACGCAGGGAACUGGUUCUGUUUGACAAGCCCACCAGAGGGACUUCCAUGGAUGAAUUCAAGGAGAUGCUGGGGAAUUUCUUAAAAGCCAACUUAGGAGAGCAGGCGUCCCACACUGCCUUGGUGAGUCGGAUUUUGACCAUGGCCGACAUCAACAAUGACAACAAGGUGUCACUUGCUGAAGCCAAAUCUAUUUGGUCUCUGCUCCACCUGAACGAGUUUCUUCUGAUGCUUUCUCUGCGUGAGAAGGAGCACACCUCUCAGCUUCUCGGCCACUGUGGUGACCUAUACGUAACAGAGAAAAUCCCACACGAUUCCCUCUACGGCAAUCAGAUCCCAGGGUUCCUCCAGACAUUGCUACCUUCUCCUGUGCAUCGGCUCAUCCACCAGUGGUUUGCCCCAGCGUGGCCAAGGAGGGCCAAAAUCGCCAUUGGGUUGUUGGAGUUCAUCGAGGAGAUAUUCCACGGAACCUAUGGGAGUUUCUUUAUCUGUGAUGCCAGAUUCAAGAACAUCGGUUACAAUGACAAGUAUGACUUCAAGGUGUUGGACUUGCGGAAAGUGGCCACCGAAAUGACAAUCAGAGGUUUCCUCAAGGGGCGUCACUGUGAGCAGAACUCAGACUGCACCUUUGGGAGAGAUUGCACGGCGGCUUGUGACAAACUGAUGAAACAGUGCAAAAACAAUGUCAUCCAACCAAACCUGGCUAAAGCCUGCAUGUUGCUGCAGGACUACCUGCUCUAUGGUUCCCCUUCCGACCUAAGGGAUGAGCUUCAGAAGCAGCUUCAGACAUGCAUGACUCUCAGUGGCUUGGCCAGCCAAAUGGAAGUCCACCAUUCCCUCAUCUUGAACAAUCUCAAGGCUUUGCUCUGGAAGAAAAUAUCCAACACCAAAUAUUCUUGACUGAGCACGCCCUGCAAGUGGGCUACCAGAGGUGUCAUGAACAGGGCAAGCCGACAACUAUAUUUAACUUGAAGGGCCUUCAAACGUGGUUGUCCAGUUGGCACUUUCGUUGUGAUUAUAGGCCAAAUCAUUGGACGGUCUGGAUUUGCAGGCCAAACCAUUGGACGGUCUGGAUUUGCAAGCCAUACAUUUGUUAGGUCUGGCUUUGCAGACCAUACCAUGGUUAGGUGUGGCUUUGCAGACCAUUCUUUUGUUAGGUGUGGCUUUGCAGGCCAAACCUUUGUUAGGUCUGGAUUUGCAGUACAAACCCAAGUUUAGUUCUGGAUUUGCAGACCAUACCAUGGUUAGUUCUGGAUUUGCAGACCAAGCCAUGCUUAGGUGUGGAUUUGCAGGCCAUACCAUGGUUAGGUGUGACUUUGCAGUACAAACCAAGUUUAGUUCUGGAUUUGCAGACCAUACCAUGGUUAGCUCUGAAUUUGCAGACCAUACCAUGGUUAGGUGUGGAUUUGCAGACCAUACCAUGGUUAGGUCUGAAUUUGCAGGCCAAACCAUUGUAGGGUCGGGAUUUGCCAGACAAACCAUGGUUAGGUCUGGAUUUGCAGGCCAUACUAUGGUUAGAAAGGGAUUGGGCCACUCCAAACUCACCCCUUGUGUGUGUUCUCCUUAGUGCAGCUCUAUUUGACGUCCUGUGUGCUCCACCACCAGCAAUCGCACUGUAGUUAAGACAUGCUCAGUAAAAAAGAAAGGCGGAACUCUGGAUUAAAAGGAUGGUGGUUUAUUGCAACAGAUCACAGACCGUAACCU